AUGUACAAUACUUUUGUUUUAGAUCCAGAAGCUGGUAAUCUAAGCACACCUGUGUUUUAUGAUGAUGGUAUCAGGGUCUCUUGGAGUGGAGCCACUUGUUUAUCAUCACUUAGACUCUCAGCCCAUCUCUCAUCAGUUUAUGAAGUUGAUGUGAAGAAUGUUACUGGAACAACACAUUAUGAUUUUAUUCCAGUGACUUCUGGUGACUACAGGUUUCAAUUAACCAGUGUCAAUUAUCCUGGAAAUGAUAUUGGCUCUAUGAAUAGUACAUCCAUUCCUUGGAAAGAGCCCAAAGUAUCUAUUGAUACAAAUGUUAACAACAAUAUUGCCAACUUUACGAUUAAGAACAAUGAUGAUGGACGACCUCCAGUUACUAACUGUAGCAUUGCUUUUGAUGAUGUCUUGAAAUCAUGUGUCAUGAAUAAUAUCAUUAUCUUUAGCAUAACAUCAGGAGCUAAGCACUCUUACAAUAUAACUGUUACUAAUGCUGCUGGUACAGUUAAUAUGAAUGGUGGGUUGAGUAACCAAGUGAAGAAUACAACAACACAAGUCAAUACAACGAUGGAACUCAGUGCCUCUAUAGAUCCCCUUGCAAUUGCUGCCUCACCCACUGUUCUUGGAGUAUUAAUAAUAUUGUCUGUUUGUUGGAUAUUGCUGAGGAUAUGUUGGAAGAGACAGUGGUGCUGUCCCAGGAUUUGGAGGAGUAGCUUUUGGUUGCUUUUCUUCUGCUAUGAUUGCUGUACUUAUGAUGCUGGAGUAAAAGGAAAGGCUACUGCUAUAAAUGCAGGUUUAAAUAAUCCAACUGUUGGAGGGGAGAAGGGACCAGAUACAACUCUUUAACUUUGUGUAACUUUAAGUCAAAAAAUUGCUGAUGCCACUUCUGUAGUUAUCUAAAUUCACAAUGUUAUUUUACAAAAAUGUAUUAAUAACAAACAAGCUUAUACUCAA